GGAGAGGCGGAAUGUUCAACUCCUGAGUCGGGCGGAAGCGUGGGAGCCGCGCCGCCGGCAGCCGUCCCCUCGAACUCCAGUAGCCGUCCCUGCCCUCGCCGCGCGCGGGGCCUCGGCGCCCCCGGCUCUUGCUCGCGCCCGGCCUGGGAGCCAGAUUUUGUGGAAGUAUAAUACUUUGUCAUUAUGAGAUGUCGUCUCUCGGUACCUCCUUUGUGCAAAUUAAAUUUGAUGACUUGCAGUUUUUUGAAAACUGCGGUGGAGGGAGUUUUGGGAGUGUCUAUCGAGCCAAAUGGAUAUCACAGGACAAGGAGGUGGCUGUAAAGAAGCUACUCAAGAUAGAGAAAGAGGCAGAAAUACUCAGCGUCCUCAGUCACAGAAACAUCAUCCAGUUUUAUGGAGUAAUUCUCGAACCUCCCAACUAUGGUAUUGUCACAGAAUACGCUUCUCUGGGAUCACUCUAUGAUUACAUUAACAGUAACAGAAGUGAAGAAAUGGACAUGGAUCACAUUAUGACCUGGGCCACCGAUGUAGCCAAAGGAAUGCACUAUUUACAUAUGGAGGCUCCUGUCAAAGUGAUUCACAGAGAUCUCAAGUCAAGAAACGUUGUUAUAGCAGCUGAUGGGGUGUUGAAGAUCUGCGAUUUUGGUGCCUCACGGUUCCACAACCAUACAACACAUAUGUCCUUGGUUGGAACUUUCCCGUGGAUGGCUCCUGAAGUUAUCCAAAGUCUCCCUGUGUCUGAAACUUGUGACACAUAUUCCUAUGGUGUGGUUCUCUGGGAGAUGCUAACAAGGGAGGUCCCCUUUAAAGGUUUGGAAGGAUUACAAGUAGCUUGGCUUGUAGUGGAAAAAAACGAGAGAUUAACCAUUCCAAGCAGUUGCCCCAGGAGUUUUGCUGAACUGUUACAUCAGUGUUGGGAAGCUGAUGCCAAGAAACGGCCUUCUUUCAAGCAAAUCAUUUCAAUCCUGGAGUCCAUGUCACUCGAUUCGAAGCUUUCUGACCAGUGUAACUCAUUCCUGCACAACAAAGCAGAAUGGAGGUGUGAAAUUGAAGCAACUCUUGAGAGACUGAAGAAACUAGAACGUGACCUCAGCUUUAAAGAGCAGGAGCUCAAAGAGCGAGAGAGACGGCUGAAGAUGUGGGAGCAAAAGCUGACGGAGCAGUCCAACACCCCGCUUCUCUUGCCUCUUGCUGCAAGAAUGUCUGAGGAGUCUUACUUUGAAUCUAAGACAGAGGAGUCAAACAGUGCAGAGAUGUCAUGUCAGAUCACAGCAACAAGUAACGGGGAGGGCCAUGGCAUGAACCAAAGUCUGCAGGCCAUGAUGCUGAUGGGCUUUGGGGAUAUCUUCUCAAUGAACAAAGCAGGAGCUGUGCUGCAUUCUGGGAUGCAGAUAAACAUGCAAGCCAAGCAGAAUUCUUCCAAAACCACAUCUAAGAGAAGGGGGAAGAAGGUCAACAUGGCCCUGGGGUUCAGUGAUUUUGACUUAUCAGAAGGUGACGAUGAUGAUGACGAUGACGGUGAUGAGGAGGAUAAUGACAUGGAUAAUAAUAGUGAAUGAAAGCAGAAAGCAAAGUAAUAAAAUGGAAAAUGUCCGGGAAAACAAAAGAAGCUUGUUAUCUCAGUCUGUACAAAAACCAGUGAUGAGGUAGAAAACCGAGCACUGCAUUUUUAGGCCAAUCACAUUUAGAUAACUGUCAUUUCUUUACAAUUUUACUUUUGAUUUGUCUUUGCUUACAGGAAAAGGGGGUGCGGAAUUAAGCCAAAAAGGUCUGUUCAAUGAAUCAGCAUAUGUGGUGCCUGAUUAUAGAAACUUGUGAUUUUAUAUGCAAUAUAGCAUUUUUUUUAACUAAUGACAUUCUGGCUUUUUUUUAAUGAAUAUAAUUUGAUUUGAUUUAUCCAAUUGCUUCAAAAAACUUACAUUUUGGACAAUCACUCUUAACUCCUAAUUCUUCUCUGACACUUGACUUUCUUGUAACAUACUACAUUUUUUUCCCUUAUGUAAAUAUACAGUACCGUCAGAAAUAAUUGAUAGUGAUUGCAAAAUCCAACAGUAAAAAAAUUGAGAUGAAAGGAAAUUGUAACAAAUACUUCUACAGAAAUACCUAAGUGCUAAGAAUACUGAGAGUGAGACCCAAGAGAUGCUCUCAAUAGUAUGUUUGCAGGAGAAAUACUCUAGUUUGAAACCAGCAUCAGAUGCGGUACUUUCAUGCCAGUACUCACCCUAGAAGCUUCUUAACAGCACACUGUCAUCUAAGGCUUAGCUUACACUUUAUACAAAGUAUUUUAUACAAAGAGAAAGAGAGGAUAAGGGAUACUUCCAGACAGUGUGAGUGUUAAUAUGGUGCCAUAGGGGUGUAUACCUGUGUCUGUUUUCCAGAAGGGUAUGAGAAUCCUGGAUUCUAAAUGCAUGUAGAGAUAUUUUAAAGAGGGAACUAAAUAUUAUAAAAAGCUGUCCUUACUUAGGCAAAAGUGCAGAAUGAAGGAUCCUUUUAUAGCAGAUAAAACUUUCCAGAUUUGUCUUUAAAAAAAAAAAAAAACAAAAAACCCUGACUCGGCUAUGCUGGUGUUAAAGAGAAGUAAAUGUUGAUGCUGCUCUGAAAACCUAGCUAGCCAGAGAGAUAUUUUCAAAAUGUUGUCACAGAUUUGUCAAAGCUUGUUUAAACUAUGAAACACUUAAAAAAAACUAAAAAAAUUUGUAGUUAUACAUAUAUAUACAGAAAGGCAAAAGAACAAAGACUUUUCUUCAGUCUAAGUUUGAAAGUAGUGACAUUCAUUUGACUAUCAACCCAAGGAACUUUGCGUGGUUCUUUUUAUAGGAGAUUUAAGGAUAUUAUCAUAGAUAUUAUCUAACACUGUUUCUAAGUAUAUUUGAUCAUAAAAAGCCUCCUGGAAUUUGAAGCAUGACAUGUUUCUAAUCCCCAUUGAGGGUAGGAAAAUAUCAUAAAAUGAUCAAUGUGCUAUGUUUGCUUUAUUUGGAGAAGAAUUACUAAUGAAAUGUUCUGGGUAUGAAAUGUAGACCACUCAGUACAGAACAGUGAUAAAGAGAAGGAUCUGGAAUCAGCUUGUGAUUCAAAAAUUGCUGUGCAAUCUUGGGCAAAUUAUUUAACUUGUGUGUCUGUUUGCUCAUCUUUAACAUGAGAAUGAUAAUAGUACCUACUUCAAAGGAUUGUUGUGAGGGUUAAAUGAAAUGAUAGACAUAAAGCAUUUAACACAAUACCAAGCCCAUGGUAAGUGGUCAGUUAAUGUUAGCUACUGUUAACUGUGUCAGUGAAAAGACACUGAAAAAUAAGUGGUCUCUUUAACCUGGAAAAUGAAACUCUCAAUUUCAAGUAGUGUUUGUUGAGUAGGAUAAGAUGAAAGUUAAAGUGAACAACUUUCAGGAAAGAUAAAGCAAACAUCUUUAGAAUGUAAGCUAUGUGAGCGAUCCACUGACGCCCUUUGAAGACCAUGCACGUGGCAAGGUGUGCCUAGUCUGAGGUGUUUGCAGGCCCUGUACCACCCAUAGACCAGGCAAACACAGAAAGAAGCCAUAAAUGUUUUCUCUAGAAGAUGGGCUCCCCACAUAGCCAAUCUAAUGCACUUCCUGUGUCUAUGCAAACUUAGACCCAUAUACCCAUAAGAGCACAAUACAGUGCUGGUGACAAACAGGUGCAAACAUAAAUAGGCGUCCUGUCUGCAUUCAGACAUACAGGAGUCCUCCCUGAUUCAAGCCAAGCCACUCAGGCAGAUCUUGGAUUGGAGCAGAGGGGAUGGUUUUCAGCUCUUGCCUUCCCAGCAUGCCCUGGGGCUCUGUGACCCUGUAAUCUGAAGGAGGGCCAGAGACCAGGUAGUUCAAAGCCUCUCGUUGCACGUCUUCCAGGCCAAGGUAAAGGCAUCCAUCCCACCAAUGUUCUCGAGCCCCCUCCUCUGUGCCCCAUGCCAUUCUAGGGAAUGGCUUGAUGAAAAUCUUUGCCCUCACACAGCUCACAUGCUAGUGAGUGGAGAUUGACAACAAACAGAACAAAUGCAUCGUAUAGUAAACAUUUAAGUGGGCACUGGGACACACAGGAGAGAAGGAGGAGGUGGCUCAUAGGAGAGUUUUGUGGACUUGCCAGUGUGGUCAGGAAGGGCCUCACUGAUCAUGGAAUCUCUGUGGGCGGAUUUGGGGAUCUGUGUACCUCUGUAGGAAUGUAAACCUUGCUUCUCAUUUGAGACUAACCAGCAACAAAUUUAGAAUGUAUGAAAUGAAUGGGAUGGUUUUUAAAUUUACAUUUUUUUAAAUUUAUAGCAAUUAGAUGUAUUGUGAUUUUACAUAAGAUUUUCUUGCAUUAAUAAAAGCAGCCAAAUAGGGCCAAAAGAGAAGGGUAAUCACACAGCCAUAGGUUUACCAUCAAUCAGGUAAUAUUUCUCUAAUCUCUUCAACUGUGCCAUUUUCCUGACCAAUAUUCCAGAGAUGGUCAAAGCUCAAUAAUCUACCAUCAAGAAACUACAAAGAUUCCAGAUAUAGCAGAAUUGAUAACCUCGGUGAUAAGCUUGAAAUCUUCUAACCUAACAUUGAGCUAUAGAUAAUUACUGUAUGGCACUGGCUAUUUUACUUUUGUUCCAAAUCAGUGUCCUUUCUAGGGUUUUGAACAUUCCUUCAAUCUGUAUCAUAUAAACAGAAUCUUAAAGUGGUCUCAUCCAAUCUAUGAAGAUGAUUUAGAAGACUUUAGACUCUAUUAUUGGCCCUAUUAAUUUUAAAAAGAAAUGUUUAUUAGUCAUUAGUCAUCUUCAUUUCGAAUGAAGAUGUUAAUUAUACAGCUUUUAAUUUACCUUUCGGAUCAGUUUUUUAAAUGGUAAAUUAUUGGUGUUAGAAUUAUUUCCAAAUACCUGACUUACAAAAAUGUGCAUUUAUAAAGAGAAUCUGAGUUAAAGAAACAGAAUAUAAAAUAGGUAACUAAUAAAAACCUACUGUAUAGCACAGGGAACUCUGCUCAACACUCUGUAAUGACCUCUAUACAAGGAAAGACUCUAGAAAAAGAAUGGCUACAUGUAUAACUGAUUCACUUUACUGUACAGCAGAAACUAACACAUUGUAAAUCAACUGUACUCCAAUAAAAAUCAACUAGAAAAAAAAAGAGAAAUAUGAAGACUCACAAUUACAGUUGAAACUCCAAAUUGUGGUAAUAAUUAUCAGAGCCAUACAACUGAAAAUAUAACUACUGUUUUAUCUUUUUUCCUUUACUCAUAAAGCUGAUCAUGCAGAAUUUGAUGAAACCCUCUCAGUGGUUCUCAACCACGAUAGCACUGUCACCAAAUGGUGUUUGGUGAUGCCGGGGCAUAUUUUUGGUUGUCUGGGAGUAUAUUUAGUGCCCAAUGCCCCAAAUCUUAUGUGCCAGUCCCACCCAAUAAAACAAUUAAAUACAGAAAGCCCAUGGCAUUGUCCCUUCCUUCACCGAGAAACUUAGCUAAACCUGGCGGUUGUAGAGUUCCACAUCUCAUUUUUUUCCCCAUAAACGUAAUUAUCCAAGUCAAAAGAUGCAUUUUCAGAAUUACAACUACUUAUACAAUCUAAUUUUGUCGAUUCAUGUCAUUUACCUUAAAUCCUUACUUGUGGGAAUCAUUUCUUUCCCCUUAAGAAUGCUGGUAGAAAGUUUAUGAAACAGCUAAAUUUACUAAGAGAGAGGGGCAAGGUGUCAGUCUCCUGUUACACUGUUUUCACAAUAAAUAAAAAAGAAAAAUAUCACUGAGGUAGCUACAGUUCUGCAAAGUAGUCAGGUUAACUUAAAAGGACAUGUUUCUUUAACAGUCUUCUUUUUUUAAAGAGAAAUCACAUUUUAAUAUUUUACAUAAAUAACCAAUGGGAAGAGGUUGAAGAUACACUUGUUUUUGAUGCUCUGGAAAUGUUGAGGGCCAUUUUAUAGCCAGUGAUUUUUAAUAUGCAGUAGAUUUGUUAGACUUUAACACCAGCUGGGGAAUUCAAACUUGAUCCCCAUGAAAAUCAAGGAAUUGGGGGUGGGGGGAAGGUUUGGGAGAGAUCUAAAAUGAUUUCUCAUGGCACUAUGAAGAACACAACUUUGUUUUCCAGAGGUUUCAUUGGAGUGAUAAGAAUUUCAUGAAAGAUCAUUUUAAAACUUAUUUGAGUUAAACCUUGAUCCUUUUUGUGUUUUUUUGUUUUUUUUGUUUUUGGAUAUACUAGACUUUUGACACUGCCUCUUGAGACUAGCAGAAUCUACUAUUCCGUAUACAUAAUAGAGCAUGCUUUUUCUAUAAUCAGGUACCUUUUGCUGCUUUGGGAUAAGACUGUUUUCCUGUUUAGAUUUUAGGCAUUGCCAGAGAGAAGAAUCUGUUCUGUUCUUUUGAUUGUAGCACAGCCUGAUAGCUCUAACUGCAGCCUCUCUGAUGAGGCUUUCAGGACAUCUGGGCAACUAGCUAUGUUUCCUCGGACUCCAGCUUAGUUGGCGCUCCAUUCACUGCCUGUGAGGAGCUUUCUGGCAUGUGAUUAUUUACUUCAGAAUUAGAAUUUCAGGCACCUACAUUGACUGUCUUAUAUGGUGUGCAGAAUAAUAGAUCUUUUAAUGUCAGAUACAAUACACUGCACAUAUUGCUUUUGCACUGUUUUAAAAUUUUUGUACUAAAUGAUAGAAAAUAUUUAUAUUCUUUGAGUGUGAGCUUUGAAUAGAUGGUAUGAUCACUUUAUUGUUUUUUUUUUUUUAAACAAAACGUUUUUCUCAAAUAUUCUAUCGCAAUGUUAUUCUGAGCAAGUCGUACGCCAAAAUCUUGUAUCAUGUUUGUAUGGAAGAUUAAAUUUUACUCUUGUGUGGUAAGACUACUCAGUUACUGAGUUCAUUGUUGGAAUUUGAUAUUCCAACAGAAAGCCCACUAUGUAUUCAGAAAUCCAAGUUGGUGUCAUACAUUUCAUUUUGAUGUGAACUUUUCUUUGCUUUCCUUUGUUUCAAGACUCCAUUUUGCAAUAAACGUUUUGACAGUAAA